UUAAAAAUUAUUUAACUUGAAAUUCGUUAAUUUUCUCUUAGUAGUGAUUAUUUUGAAUUUUUGCUGUAGGGAAUUAAAAUGAAGAGUUUUAUUUUAUUUUUAUCAAUUUGUUUGAAAGUGUGCUUGUGUUGGCAUUUCUCACGACAAGAUAACGAAUUUAACUAUGACGAAAGCAUCACAAAAAAUCCUUGGUUGGUUAUGAUUGUGCGGAAUGGACAAGACGUCGUGUCUUAUGGAACUCUUUUCCAUGAAAGAGCUGUCGCAACAACUGCAGCAAUGAAUGAAAAUAAUCUUUUUCAACUGCAAGUUUUUGCUGAUUGUCAUUCUUUAGGAGAUCGACAAGAGAUUGAUCAUAGAAUUUGUAAACAAUUUAGAAACGUCAGUGAGUAUGAUGUAAUAGGAUCAUCUCCACCGAAAGUAAAUUACUACAACUUUGCUGUCUUGAUUCUUUCAAGUCCUUUCGAACUGACUCCAACUCUGAAUGUCGUACAUUUUGGACAUCAGAGCAGUGUUCAAUCCGACCAUUGUAUUGUGUUGUAUCCGACGUUGGUGACAAAUCCUAAUACUAAUAAAACUGGAGCACUCUUUUAUCCAACACUUAAUAUAAACUGGACUGGAGUUUCAGUUCAAUUAGUCAGUAGUUUUGAAGACGUCAAACCUAAAGAAAAAGUCUCGAUUGUACCUGGAAGUCCUUUACUUUGUAAAUCUAAAACUAAAACUGAUGAGUGGUAUGCUAUAGCCAUCGUAUCAAAAAUUGAUCAAGCAAAUAAACCAUCUAUAAAUUCAAGAACAAUAGCUCUUAGUUUUACUGAUAACGAGAUUAAAAUAUUUCUUGAAAUUCUGAAAAAUUUCCAAGCACCUGGAGAUCAGUCUGAAGUAAUUUUUUAUUAUGAUUAAAAGCAAAGCAUCUUCCAGAAUAAAAUACAGAUAAAUUGUCAUCGAUAAAUAUUAAUGAGUGAUACAAUUGUAAAAAUUAAUGCAUUAAAUUUGAAUAUGAAAAAUCAAUUUUACAAGAGAAAAAAUAUAACAACUGGAAAUCUCAUUAUAAAA